UGUAGUUUGUAAGGGAUGAGUACAUGAAAUGUGCCUCUCGGUAUGGCAGAAGCGUAGCUAGCUACAACCGCUAAAUGGCUUAAUAAAUUGGCCAUUCCAAAAACCCUUCAAGAAAGAGGGUACACGUCUUGAGUGUACGGACAGACAGUACCGAAAAUGGGAACGAGGGUGACAGGUAGAGCGCUGGAGAUGCUGGGCUGCAGUACUAUCACCAGUCCCGGGGUGACCAGGCUGUUGAGGUCCCCCAUGUCGAAAAUGAUCAGCCCUUUACCGGCGAUGGAAAGCGGUGUUAACGAAAGGUUCCGGUCCACUUCGUCAAUGCAGGGAUAUUUUGAAUUGGCUCGGGAGAGGUCAAAAACUGUUACAUCAUUUUACAACCAGUCUGCCAUCGAUGCAUCUGCAGAAAAGGCCUCGGUCCGACUGACUCCGACCACCCUGCUGUACGCUGGGAAGUCUCCGGAUGGGCAUCAUAUCCUGAGCAGUGCCAAGUACCUGCAGAAGGAGCUGCCCGUGCGCAUCGCCCACCGCAUCAAGGGCUUCCGCAGCCUGCCCUUCAUCAUCGGUUGCAACCCCACCAUCCUGCAAGUGCAUGAGCUCUACAUCCGGGCCUACCACAUGCUGAGCGACUUCCCACCGAUCAAGGAUCAGGAGACAGAGGCGCAGUACAGCAAGCUGGUGCAGCAGCUUCUGGAUGAUCACAAGGACGUGGUCACCAUGCUGGCGGAGGGCUUCCGGGAGUGCCGCAAACACAUCCAGGAUGAGACCCUGGUGCGCAACUUCCUGGACACCACCCUGACAUCUCGUCUAGGCAUCCGCAUGCUGGCCACGCACCACCUAUCCCUGCACGAGGAGAACCCCGACUUCGUGGGAAUCAUCUGCAGGCGUCUUUCUCCGAAAAAGAUCAUCGAGAAGUGGGUGGAUUUCGCACGGCGCCUGUGCGAGCACCAGUACGGCAACUCCCCCCGCGUGCGGAUCAACGGCCACGUGGCGGCCCGCUUCCCCUUCAUCCCCCUGCCGCUGGACUACAUCCUGCCAGAGCUGCUGAAGAACGCCAUGAGGGCCACCAUGGAGAGCCACCUGGACACACCCUACAACGUUCCUGAUGUGGUGGUCACCAUCGCCAACAACGAGACAGACUUUGUCAUUAGGAUCUCUGACCGGGGCGGUGGAAUUCCGCACCACAUCCUGGAGAAGGUGAUGGACUACCACUUCAGCACAGCAGAAGAGAGCGCCCAGGACCCCCGCAUGAGCAACCUCUUCAACACUAUCACCAACAGUGGCCCGCAGUCCGGCCCCAUGCACGGAUUCGGGUUCGGCCUGCCCACCUCCAGGGCGUACGCGGAGUACCUCGGGGGCUCCCUGUCCAUCCAGUCCAUGCAGGGCAUCGGCACGGACGUCUACCUGCGUCUGCGACACAUCGACGGCAAGGGAGAGAGCUUCCGUGUCUGAGGCCCGCCCCACACUCCACCCUGCCUGGGAGACGCUGCUGGAGUGGCCUGGCCCAGUGGACCUUUACUCGGGGAAGACUCCCCCCUGCUGUAGCGCCUGGGGACACCUUAGCAAGGGAAGGGCACUUUUUUUUUCUGUCUCCAGCGGCAACUGUGGAAUCCUGGCGGCCCCAGCCUCAUAAGUCAUUGUCUCCUGCCGUGCACAAGGACAUUACAUAAGAGCCAGCUGCAGCUCCCCACUCCUGCUCGACUGAGGGACAGCUGCGGGCGUGGCUUUUGCUUUUCCGUUUCUGUGUCUAUUCUGUCUCUGUGCUGCUGUGCGAAAGGGGCAGUGUUCAGCAGCGAACGUUCAGAUCACCAGGAGAGUGAUGGUGUACUGCUUAGCAUUGCUGUUGCAGGGAAAACAAAAAAAAAAAAAAAAAACUCUUCGGCCUUAAAGGAGUUGGGUUUGAUCUGUCCGCUUGUACCUCUUACACUACCAUGCCUUUUGAAUAUUCAGGUGAUUCUCAGAGACCGCAAAGCUGAAAGGAGCACACGCGAGCCUCCAUCUGACUCACCAGCCGUCACGCUCCAGCGUCUGCCCGAAAGACUCCUCAUACGUUCCCUCGAGAUGUUGUGGAGGAACUGGCAGUAAACGUCUUGCUGUUGUAUUACCUGUGUCGUGAGGGUGCCUGAGGGAGGUUCUGUCAACGAGCUUGGCUUUGGUCUCAUCCUCCCUGCCCUCUGAUGUGUAUUGGUAACAUCCAUAAACUGACAGACCACAGAAGAGGGUACACGACAUCUGAUUGGAAUUGUUGCCACAGCAGUUUUUCCAUUUUUCAAACAAGUAUUUGUCUACUGCUUUUCAGCAAGGGGUGCUUCAGUCGUUCCUUGUCAACCUGUCAGCUGUCAGUGUUCCACUUCUAUUAUCCAAUGUUCAGUAAGGGAACUAAGGCAAGUCAUGAUAUUACUGAAAUAUUUUAAUGGCAACAUGCAUAUGUUUUAAUAAGCUGAUAUACAAUAUUUACACCAGUUAUAAUUCCAUAUGCUGCGAAACAAUGACAAAAGCUGAACGUUACCCUUUUGGGAUGUCAUAAUGCAGUUCAAUCCACAAUUCAAAGUGUUGUAUAUACAUAUAUGUUGUGUUAAAGAAUUUCGCCUGACAGACUGUUUAAGUAAACCCACGUGUUCAGAUAGAUUGUUGAUUUCCUCAGUGAUAAGCAAACUUUGUGAAAGUAGGUAUUGUACAGAACACAUUCCGAUGAUGGGUCACCAAGUUCAGUCAAACUGAAGAUCCCCAUAUAGUCACUCUGUAAUAGAUGGAAAUUCACCAUGAACUUCACCUGUUGUGAUAGGUAUUUGAAGUGCAUGAUCAGUUCAUGAGAUAAAUGCAAGUUUUAUGCUGGGAUAAGUGUUGUGGUAUUGGGCAUGCAAUUGUGGAUAUUGUGGGUGCUCAACUAGCUUGUUGUAAGGGGCAGCAGUAAGGCUGUGCUUUAUGAACACUGGCGGUGAGAUCAUGUGAAUGUCCUUGAGCAGAUUUUCUCACAGAUUUAUAAGUUAGUACUAGUAAAGAUUUUAUAACAAGCCAGGAGUAUCAGAGUUAGUUUGAUUUUCUAUUCAGUGGGCCACAGGUCUGUCACCAUUUCAAAAACAGACUUGUUAACUAAGCUUGCCCCCUGCUGGCAAGUAUUUAUACCUACAGUCUAGCUGGAAAAAAAGUGAAAUAAAUUAAUAAAGGGGAUAUGGAAUCGCCUUAAAAGGUGCUUUUUUUUAUUUGAAAGUAUGAGAAUGGCACCUGUUAACUGAAUGGUCAGGUAAUUUAAGUUUGUGCAAAUAUGCUUUUUAUUGUCAUAAUGAAAAACUAACAUACCACAGUUAAAUUAACCCUUUUUCCUCUUUAGCGUAUGGCCAAAUUAUGGAGUGAGAUUUCUAUGAAAAGGUUGACAUCAUUUGUCUGAUUUGUUGACUUUUGUUUUCCAUAGAUGUCAAAUGUUUAUAGUUUCUUGGGCAUUAAUUAA